AUGUCGAUCCCACCAUCUUCUUCAACAUCACAGCAAUUCACAUACGCAGCAUCAACAUCAGCAACAGCAGCAAACGGCACGUAUUUCCCCACCCCUUUUCACCUCCAGCAAUCGGACCCUUACCCCAAACCCUAUGUGGCCCCACCUCCUACCGUUUACCCGCCUGCCCCGAUUGGGCCCGUUUACUCUUUCCCCCAGUAUCAGCAGGCGCAACAGUUAUUUCAGAGGGAUGCCCAAACGAUUACACCUGAAGCACUUGAGAGUGUAAAAGCUGCCCUUGCGAGUAGUGAGAUUGAACAUAAAGCAGAAACUAAAAAGAAAGCAGUUCCUCGCAAAGCUGCUGGCCAGACGUGGGAGGAUCCAACUCUUGCAGAAUGGCCUGAAAAUGACUACCGCCUAUUUUGUGGUGAUCUCGGUAAUGAGGUGAAUGAUGAUGUUCUUUCAAAAGCAUUUUCGAGGUUUCCUUCUUUUAAUUUGGCCAGAGUUGUCAGGGAUAAGCGGACUGGCAAGACCAAGGGCUAUGGAUUUGUUAGCUUUGCCAACCCUACUGACCUUGCUGCUGCACUUAAGGAAAUGAAUGGUAAAUAUGUUGGAAAUCGGCCCAUCAAAUUACGGAAGAGCAACUGGAAGGAGAGGACAGAUUAUGAAGCACUAGGAAGACAAAAGAACCACAAUCAUAAGAAACCGAAGCUUUCGAAGAAGAGUAUAUUGCACAAGUAA